CAAAAACUGUCAGAACGUCACGUUACUCCGUUUUUUUUUUAUUGUCAGUUGUCGAUCCGUUCGGGCGAUUUGUGUUGCAUCGAAAACGAUGGGUGGAAAAUGAGAUUGAUUGUUUAUCGAAACGAAACACGUGCGAAACGUAAUGAAAUGACUUUGGGCGCUCCGCAUUCACCAUGGGAGGCUGCAUAGGAAUAACACGCAGUAGGAGCGGUGCUAUAGACGAUUCCUCGGGGUCAAUAAGCCGACCUAACUCAGGUAGCCAACGAAAGAACCACCCGUUGUGCCACGAGCGCAUCCGAUGGAAGUCAGACGUGCCCCUGACGGAGGGCCAGCUGCGGAGCAAACGCGACGAAUUCUGGGACACGGCGCCGGCGUUCGAGGGACGCCGCGAGAUAUGGGACGCCCUAAGGGCGGCGGCGACGGCCGCGGAGGCGGCCGACUACGAACUGGCCCAGGCCAUAUUGGACGGGGCCGGCGUGUCGGUGCCCAACGGCUACCUGACGGAGUGCUACGACGAGCUGGGCGCGCGCUACCAGGUGCCCAUCUACUGUCUGUCCUAUCCGAUCAACAUCGUGAAGGAAGAUAACGGCCGGGAUUCGCCCGCGGAGUGUUCGGAGCCCGUCGACGGGGGCACCGAGACCGUGUUGAAAUUGAGAUUGUCGAGUACGUGUUGCGAUGUUAAACUGUCUGUUUAUUCGACCGAUACAAUCAGCAUGUGCAAGAAAAAGUUGCAGAGCCAAGAAGGUAUAGAAUCGUCGAGGCAACGAUGGUUCUACGGUGGUAAACUUUUAGGCGAUAAACUCCACGUGGAAGAAGCGAAAAUACCGGCGGGUUACGUCGUACAAGUUAUAGUCAAUAUGGAAACAUCCUAAUAGAAGAUAUCGAAGCGAACAACACGGUAAAUAAUUCCAUCUUUUUUUCCAUCUAAAAUUUCCCUUAAAACUUUACUUGCAUAACGCUUCGGGGAGAAAAAAAAAGAAAUAACACGUUAAAAAUAUGCAUGCUUAUUAUCUCGGCCUUGGAGUUGCAUUUUGUGGGCGAGACAAAACGCCUAUUUAAGCGAAUUAGGACGAAGUUCAGGUUUAUUUUUUUUUCCACUAUGAAUUAUUCAAUCGGUUUUUGUACACAUGCUAAAUCGUCGAUAUGUAAUGGUAACAAAAACGAAUCGAUCGCUCUCAUUAUUUGUUGAUUUUGUAGGAAAUCUACGUCGCCACGGCAA